UUUAAGAGAAAGAGGUGCUCGGCCGUGAUUUCUCCUGCGUUACCGUCAAAAAGAAGCUGACGGCGGCGUGGCUCUCCUCCCGGGACCGCGGGGCAAGCUUGCUCACAGAAGAAUUCUUGAAUGUGAAACGCAGAUGAAUCUUUAGGAAGCAGAAAUUUCGUUUGAGGACGCCUCCUGAAGGAACAUAUAUACAUGUAGAGUGCUUGCACAGACGGCUCGCGGUGUUUUCUCUGCUGUGGUCUUUGUGUUAAACUGACAUUUUUUUGUUAGGGUUUCGGUGGAAGGAGCCUCCUGUAUCAUGGACCUGAAGCGUUGACGCCAGUGUGUGUGAGCUCCGUGUGAGGAGCGGGGCAGGGAGCCGGAGGAGGAACACCCAUGAAAAAUGAUGCAUCAUGGACUGUGACCGUCUAAACUUUGAACAACAAUUUCAUGUCGUUCAGAGAGACAGCAUGAGAAGAGACGAGGAGAUAAGAGACUAGCGCAGAAGAAGAUCGUCCGUGUACGUGCUGUGUUGUGAAUGUUUGCCUCUUCUCUCCGCGGACGGUUCACGCACCCAGAGGACCUGAGGGACGGCCCAGUGCGUGUUGUAAUGCUUCUUCUCCAUUUCUCUUCAGCUCGCAGUUUUGGUUUCACCAGCAAGAUCCGCGCUAUCCCACAAUGGCUCGCUUUGAAGACGACCUGUCCAGCCGCUAUAGUGGCGGCUGUCCCGUGGGCCCGGCCAGAGGGGCCAGCCGGCAGCCGGGGCCUCCUCCAGGGGUCCAGAGGAUGUACAAGCAGACUAUGGCCCAGAGAGCGAGGACCAUGGCCAUUUACAACCCCAUCCCGGUCAAACAUAACUGCCUCACUGUCAACCGCUCCCUGUUCAUCUUCAGCGAGGACAACAUCAUCCGGAAAUACGCCAAAAAGAUUACCGAAUGGCCUCCAUUUGAGUACAUGAUCCUGGCCACCAUUAUAGCAAACUGCAUUGUGCUGGCCCUGGAGCAACACCUGCCGGCCUUAGACAAAACACCAAUGUCAGAGCGUUUGGAUGACACAGAGCCCUACUUUAUUGGAAUAUUUUGUUUUGAGGCUGGCAUCAAGAUCAUCGCCCUCGGCUUUGCUUUUCACAAAGGCUCCUACCUGCGUAAUGGCUGGAAUGUAAUGGACUUUGUGGUGGUCUUAACGGGGUGA